GAGAGCGUGGGGAGAGAGCGCCAGGAGAGUGCGGGGGGAGCGCGAGUCGAGCCCCAAGGCUCGGGACUCAAGAAGAGGAGGAGGGGGGGGGGCGACCCCCACAGAGUUCGCGGCCUCGCGGCUGCAGAAGCCACCAGGAGGGCAUAGCGGCCCCCGCGUCUCUCGCUUCCCCGGGCCAAGCGCAGGUCUCACAAUAACCCGUAGGUCUCGCGCGGAGCAGAGCCACGGCGGUCCAUCUCCGGCGGGGCAGCUCCCCCUUUCCUCUGUGCCGCCUCCUCCACGGCCGCGACCAUGUGGCACGAGGCGCGCAAGCAGGAGCGCAAGCUGCGGGGCAUGAUGGUGGACUACAAGAAGCGCGUCGAGCGCCGGCGCGAGUACUACGAGAAGAUCAAAAAAGACCCGGCACAGUUCCUGCAGGUGCAUGGCCGGUCCUACAGGGUGAACCUGGAUCCAGCCGUGGCCGUGGCAGCAGAGAGCCCGGUGAACAUGAUGCCCUGGCAGGGCGACUCAAACAACAUGAUUGACAGGUUCGACGUGAGAGCUCACCUGGAUUUCAUCCCCGAGUUCAAGGGCCUGGCUGCCGGUGACAGCGUCUGGGAGGAUGGGGACGAGCGCCGGUGCAACUACGAGCGCUACCGCUGCCUCGUGCAGAAUGAGUUCGCGGGAAUCUCGGAGGACCAGUGUCUCUAUCAGAUCUACAUGGACGAGCUGUACGGCACGGCAACCAACCCCCGCAUCCUGGAGGAGGAGAAGAAAAAGCUGGCGGAGAAGCGCGCAACCAUCGGCUACACUUACGAGGAUUCCUCCCCGGCGGUCGCCCCCGAUGACGCCAUCCCCUCCUCCUCCUCCACGGCCACCGCCGCCGCCUCGUCCCACGGCAACAACAACAGUGGCGGCAGCAGCAGCCACGGGCCCGGAGCGCGCGGAGCGGAAGAGCACGGGGAGGGAGCCGAUCGAGACGGUGGCGGCGACGAGGAGAAGGAGGAGGACGACGACGACGAAGAGGAGGAGGGAGAGGAGGACGAGGAGGGGGCCGGGGACAAUGGCGGCGAUGGAGACAGCAGCAGCAGCGAGUCCGACGGAACCAUCCCCGACAUCGACGUGGAGGUGGACAUCGAUGAGCUGAACUCCGAGCAGAUCGCCGAGAUGAACAAAUGCGCCACCAACUACGGCAUGAGCGACGCCGACUACGUCCGGAUGCUCCGGAAGGACAAGGAUGAAAUUGAGGCCAUUAAGUACGCGAAGGCCCUCGAAGAGGAGAAGUCUAUGUACUCGGGCAGGAAGUCGCGCCGUCAGCGACGCGAGUUCCGGGAGAAACGGCUGAAGGAGAGGAAGAUUAGCCCUCCCAGCUACGCGAGGAGGGACAGCCCGACCUACGACCCCUACAAAAGGUCGCGCUCGCGCAGCAGCUCGAGCUCGCGCUCGUGCUGCGCGUCGCGCGACCGUCUCGGCCAGAUCACCUUCAUCACCAGCUUCGGGGGAAGCGACGACGAGGGGGCCGGCGGGGCGGCCGCGGCCUCCGGCGCCGCGGCGGGGGGCGCCGUCGCCGGGAAGGGCGGCGCCGCCUCCUCCUCCGCCGCCGCGGCGACUUCAUCGGCAACCGCCAGGGCCGGAGAUCGAACCCACGCCGGGGGGACGCAGAGACGCGCCGGGGGAGGGUCGGCGGCGGGGGGGGCCGCCGCGGCGUCGCGCUCCGGCAAGGCCAACGCCCCGGCGCUAAGUGAUAGCGCCGCGUCCCGGAGACGGCGCUCGCGCUCCUCGUCGAGCCGGAGGUCGCGCUCGCGCUCACGCUCGAGCCGUCACUGGCGCCGCCCGGCACCGCGGCGCCACCGCUCCCCCCCCUCGUCGUCACACGAGCGGCGCAACCUCCCCUACUCCUCGCGGUCGCGCGCCCUGCGGCGCUCUCGCUCUCGCUCCUCCGAACGGUUCCCUCGGCAGGGCCGCCGGGCCCACAGCCGCACCCGGAGCCGGACCCGGAGCCGGACUCGCAGCCGCAGCCGGAGUCGGAGCCGGAGCCGGACUCGCAGCCGCAGCCGGAGUCGGACUCCUCGGACUCGCAGCCGGAGCCGGACUCGCAGCCGGAGCCGGAGCCGAUCACGAAGCCGGAACCGGAAUCGGGGAAGGGGCCAGAUGAGCGGCGGCCGUGGCCGGGGAAGCGGGCGCAGUCGGUCCCCGCGCAGUCGCUCCCCCUGCUCCCCCGCCCGGCCCCCGCGCGCCACGGCGCUCAAGCUCAGGGCCCCCCCCCCGGCCUCGGCGGUGGGGGGGGUGGCAGCGGCCGCCGCCGCCGCUGCUGCUGCCGGAAUCUCCACCGUGGCGGCGGCAUCCUCCUCCUCGUCGGGCUUCUCCGGGAACCCCCCGGGCGGCACGGCUGAGGCCGUCGGGCCCAGACUUAAAAAGCCGGACACACCGACUGGUAGAGAAACUGGAGCUGCCAAAGCCAAGAUGACGCCGCGGGAGAGGCUCAAGAUCAAGAUGCAGAAGGCUCUCAACAAGCAAUAUAAAGCCGAUAAGAAGGCCGCACAUCACAAACAGGCACAGCAAGCCCAGGAGAGAGAGGUGAGCGGGCGUGGGGGUGACCGCGAGCAUGAGCUGAGGGCGCUGGCUCGACGAAUGCGACAAAAGGAGAGGGAGAAGGACCGCGAUGAGUGGGACGACGAUCGGCACGACUACCGGGAGCGCCGCAGCCGCUCGGGCAGCCCCAAGCACGGUCGAGACUACGGCUCCUCCUCCUACAAGUCCAGGUACACCUCACUCGGCAGCCUCCACUACAUCACCGACCUUCCUCGCUGGCCGGCGCUGAUGCUGGUCUCAGACUCUGGAUCACCCUUCCCUAACAAAUGUCACCGAGCCGAGACCAGGCGAGUGUGGGAUGGAAUGGUGUCCUAG